AGUUACACGCGUCGGUCACACUACGCGGACAGGGCCGAAAACAGCUGAUCGGUGUCUGUUUUUUAUUGUGCAAAGGGAGCAAUAGUCGUUGUGAAAUAAAUAAUGAUUACCACCCUAAACAAAGCCACUUAGUGAGAGUCGACCCGCAAACGCAGCACGAUGCGCGAGCCCAAUCUGUACGUGAUCCUAUCGCACGCGCUAAUAGGUUCCGGCUUCUUCUUCCUGUACGUGCAGCAUGUACGCGUGAUCUUCGAGACGCGCACCAAUAUCCAGCAACUGAAUCAGCUGGAACGGGAGGCGCUCCUGCGGCGCGAGGAUGCCCUCUACUACGCCUUCUAUAAGCGGCUGGCCGACGGACCGGACUUCUGGCACGGCUAUGAGCAGCUGAAGAACGUCACGGACAUCGAGUACCCGAACAGCGUGAAUGUGCUGCAGCGCUUCUAUGUGCUGCCCGAGUUGGUUACGGCAUACUUCUUCCAUGUGGUGCGGGCCGGCUUCAAUCCCAUGGUCCAGCCCAUGCAGUUCUAUCUGGAGUUCGUGUGGCUCAUGGGCGGGGUGACCCUGCUGGUCCUCUAUCUCUAUGGAACGCUGCUCAGCGAGAACGUGUUCGGUGGGAUAUACGGCGUGAUCUCGUACCUGAUGUUCCACAGCUUCGUGGCGAAGAUAUACGAGCGACCCUUGGCGCGGGAGAACUUCGCCUUUCCGUUCAUAUUCCUGCAGAUGUUCUAUUUGUGCAUUUGCAUUGGGAGGAUCAUCCAUCGCCAGCGGCACACCUCUCGCUUGUUCAUGAUCUUCGCCAUGUCCCUGUUCACCGCCUGCGCCCUGCUGUCCUGGCAGUUCUCCACCUUCAUCUUCACCACCCAAAUCGUGAUCGUAAUGACGUCGUGGAACCUGAGCGAUCUGCCCACGGGAUUGGCGAACGCCUUCGCGCUGGACUACUCGCUGUCGCACCUGCUCGGCCACGCUCUGGCCUUUGUGAUGUCGCACGGCAACAGCCAGCUGCUCUUCACCUGGCAGCUGAGCGUCUCGCUGUCGCUGUUUCUGAUCACCUUGGUGCGGCAGCUGAGGCAGGUGCGCAGCCGGCGGCUGGGACACGCCAACGAUCCGCUGCAGGGCGACUACUUCUCGCUGAAGUUCAUCCUGCUGGCGCAGCUCAUCGCGAGCAGUAUGCAGGGCAUGCUGCUGGAGCUGCUGAAUCGGGCGGGCGUGGUCAGUGCGCCGGACGGAGCGCACACGCACUACUUCGACCUGUGCGCCCACUGGGCGCUGCAGGUCAACGUGGGCUUCGUGGCCCACCUCUCCGCCUGCAACCCGCUGUACGCGCGCAUCGCCUGGUCGGAGCUGUGGCAGCUGGUCAAGACGAUGAUCGUGAAGCCGUACUGCAUGUACGGCGUUGUCAUGCUGGCCAUGUUCUUCCGUCGCUGGCGCAAGAGCGGCGCUCCGGCCAGCGCAGCCACCGAGGAGCAGCGCGAGCGGGCCCGCAACUACGUGCUGGAGGACUUCCUCGAGGAGCACCGCGUCUCCAUGGGCGACAUGUCCAACCGGCAGACGGAGCAGCAGCUGCAGCAGUGCUUCCGGCUGCUCGAGAGCUGCGACCACGACUACGAGCGGUAUAAGCGCGCCCAGGCUCGCCUGCGCCAGGAGCAGCCGCCCGCCCGCGACGACUUCAUGCAGGACAUCCGGCGACUGCGGGCGCAGAUCCACCGCAACAGUGAUAAGCAGCGAAAGGAGCGGGCGCAGGGAACCAAAGAGGCUCCGGGCGAUGGGUCGCCCGAGCAGAAGCCCGAGGAGGAUAAGCACUUAGUGGAGGAGGAGGAGCGGAACGAGGAGGAGGAGAAGGAGAAGGAGCCAGGCAGCCCCAAAGAAGUCCCCGAAUCCAAUGCAGACCCCGCUGACGAAACGCUGCCGUCCAAGUCCGCCGGCCAGGAGGAGGGCGAACCCUCUGCCGCCGGCCCAAGCUCCAGCUCCACCUCCACCACCACCUCCUCCACCACCGCCGGUGGCCAGAAACGCCAAAAGCGCAGCGCGUCGCGGCGCAGCUCGGUGGUGCCCACAGCCAAUGCACAGAUACUGAACCUGCACUACAUGUACAGCUUCCUGCAGAUGCUAGUCUUCACCGUCAUCGGACUGGCCGUGCGCAAGCUCUUCUUCCUCAGCUUCACGCAGGGCUGUGUCAUUGCGCCGACGAUCUGCUCGAAGGUGUGGUACCAUCGCCAGCGCAACAUCUUCUGGUCGGUCUCGCUGGCCGUCUUCCUGCUCAGCAUGUUCGAUCCGGGCAUGGUGAACAUUCGCGAGGAGUACUUCCCCACGCGGUACACCCAGAGUGGCGACGACCUGGACAGCAUGCUCGAGUGGAUCAAGCUGAACACGGAGCGGGACGCGGUCUUCGCCGGCCCCGUCGAGAUCAUCGGCACCGUGCACCUGACCACCAAGCGGCCGAUAGUCAACCAUGCGCACCUGGAUAUGCGUCAGAUGGCGGAUCGCACGGAGCACGUGUACUCGGUCUACAGUCGCCAGCAGUCGUCGGAUAUCUACAAUCAGUGCGCCCAGCUGAAGAUCCAGUACUUGAUCAUAUCGCUGGACGAGUGCACCAACGAAGUGCGCGACGACUGCGAUCUGCUGGCCAUUUGGGAUGACAAGCAGCCGGCGUACCAGAAGUACCCGCAGUUCUGCCACGAGCUGCUCCACAAGAACGUGCCCAGCUUCCUGAAGGUGUACGCCAACGACCACUACGGCAUCAUCAAGAUGUUCUCGCAGAGCGUGCAGAUCAACCUCAAGCACAACAAGAUGCCCGAGAUGUCCAUUUAGGAGUGGUCGUUGAAGGUGGAAAUGGAGGAGGAGGCGGAAUGGCGGGUUGAUAGGCUGGCAGUGGGGAAUCUGCGACUGUGUUGUGCUGUACGUUGCUGUGUGACUAGGGAUUAGCAUUUUGCGAUGUCUGUAUUAUGAUUAUGAUGAUUACGUUUAGUAUUGCUGUGGCUUGCUCGCGGGCAAGGCAGCUGCCUCCUCCACUUCACUCCACUCCACUCCCCAUUCUUCGUCUCCGUCACCGUUCCCGCUUCCGUUCUGUUCACCUGCUGAGAAAUGAUGGCAGUUAGCUAGUAAACUGGAUGCAUUUAGCAGCUUGACUUGUUUCUGUUCCACGCCGUUGCGUUCAGACCUCGUUUGGAUCAUUCCCCGCGCCCCUCGCAUUCGAAUAAGUUACUCUAGCCGUACGGACCGACUCUCAACUCUAAAUACUUUCGUUAAGUUUAAGCUAAGCUUUUUACAUUUAUGUAGUAUAUGACGUGUGGUCAGAGAGGUGGAUAUCUUCCCGGAAUCCACGAUCCCAGACCCAAGAAGCUCGGGCAAAGAAGCGCAUUUGCCAGGCAACAAGUGAAAUAAAACGAUAACGUUAAACAAUA